AUGGUGGAUGUAAAGCCCUUGAACGAGAUGACGCGUGAGGAGCUAGAGGCCCACGUCGGGAGGCUGCGGCAAGAGUUAGAGCGCGAAAGAGAAGACCGCAACUGGUACCAAGUGGAGCGCGACAAAGUCUCCACCUUCUGGACUAUCGCCAAACACCAGUUGCAGAUUCGGAACGCCGAGCUCCGCGUCGCCCAGGAGGCCGCAGAGACUGUGGCAGAGCAACGCGAACGCGAGCUCACUGCCUUUCGCUUGCGCGUACGACAGCUAGAGGCCUUCCACGCUUCUCAGUUGGCUGAAGUAAAGGCCGAAAUGGUUUCUGCUGUGGAAUUGGCCACUCAGGAGGCCAAGACCAAUACUCGACAGCCAAGAUUGGUAGAGGAGGUAUUGAGGAAAGAACAAGCGGACCAUAAUGAACUAGUGCAGCAGAUGAAGUUAGACCAAGAAAAGCAACUUCAUGAGCUGCGGCAAAGUUUCGAGCAACAGUCGGAGGCAGAGCGGAAGGUUUACAUGGAGAAGAUGAGACAAGUGGAGGAGCGGUUGGAUUUACAAAGGCGAACGGAAAUCCAAAUCGUAGAGGAGAGCAAAAACGAACAGAUUUCGGUGCUGAUAAAGAAUCAUGAGAAAGAUUUUAUGGAUAUAAAGAAUUACUACCGCUCAAUCACUGCAAAUAACGUCAAUCUCAUUGAUAACCUUAAGAGUCAACUCGAGGAGCUGCAGAAAAACGAGAAUCGCAUUGUCAAAGAGAACAGUGCGUUGGUGACCCGUAACCGUACCCUCGAGACUGAUCUCUCCCAAUCUCAAAAGGCGUGCAAUGACUUAAAGCGGGCACUGGAGAAUCACGAACGAGAUGUGAAAGCAUUGAAAAACGCAAGAGUGCAACUCAAAGAGUUCAAAAAGACCUUGUCGGAUACGAAAUUGGACAAUGAAGCACUGCUUCAGCGCUUGAAACUCGUAAGUAACAGUUCGCUCCCAAAAGAUCUUCAAUUCGUGAAGGCCUUCUAUCCGAUGCAGUCAGCGGAAAGCGAACGCGAUGAACUGUACGAUCGGUUCAACACUGCAGUGGCGAAGGUGAAGGAGAGCUGUGGGCUGAAAAAUGCCCUGCUGGAGCGUCGGAUGACGUGUUUGGGUAGGGAGUUGGAGAGGGCGGAAUUACUCAGACUUGCAAAAGUAGGAGACAGCGAGGAGGGAAGAAUGGCUGCAGAAGAACUUGAGGGGACCCUUGCCUUCAAGGAUGAUCAAAUCAAAAACCUCAACUACGAACUUGCCAGGGUGUGUAAGGCCUACAAUGAUCUACUGGACGUGUUCAAGCGUCAGCUGGAAGACUAUGGCAUCAGACCGGAAAAUUUGGGCUUCCAAGUGGUAAAAAAUGUACUAAUCAAUGGUGGGAAGUUGCAACUUGGCAAGGCACCAGCCGGAUUGAUUACUGUGCCUCCGGCCUGA